AUGAAAAUCAACCCACCAAUUUCCCAGUCUUCUGGAUUGUUAGAAUCAGAUGACAUUUCUCAUUACAUUACAAUCGACAUUGUAUAUUUCAUCAAAGAGCUUAUUGUGAAUUCACAAGCCGAUCUUGAUGACAUGUUUACAAGGACGUAUGAUUCACUUUAUGAGCAAAAUAAAGAUUUGUUUGAAGAUCUUUAUACAAACUUCAGGAAUUAUUAUUAUGGAAGAGACAUCGAUCUUUCAGAGGUAAUGGGUGACUUCUUCAAUCAGUUAUUUGAGAGGAUCUUUCAGCUUCUCAACCCUCAGUACAAGUACACCGAUGACUUCUGGAGCUGUACAAGGCAAGAUGUCAUCAUGGAGAGUCUAAAACCAUUUGGCGACGUGGCCAAUACCCUCAUCGAUAGGGCCAAGAAGUCAUUCGUUGCUGCCAGGACGUUCGGCCAGGGACUUGGUUUUGGACGUGAUGCCAUCACAAGAGGAUCAAAGGUUGAGCCUACACCAGAAUGUCGGAAGGCGUUAAUGAGAAUGUCAUACUGCCCUCAUUGUAAAGGUAUCCCAUUCGUAAAGCCAUGCCACUCCCUCUGUCUUAAUAUCAUGAAAGGAUGUUUAGCCAGCCAAUCAGAGAUGGACGCUGAAUGGAAUUAUUAUAUUGAUGCCAUGACGAGUCUUGGUAAUAGAAUGGAUGGAACGCUGAACAUCGAAACCUUCCUACUCACUCUGGAAAUUGAGAUCUCCAAUGGCAUCAUGAAUAUGCAAAAUAAUGGCCUCUCGAUAUCAACAAAGGUGUUCAAUGGAUGUGGUAUUCCACCUUUGUCGAGGAAUCGUAGAGAGACUGAUCCUGGAGAAACCGGAGCGUCGCAGCCCGCUGCUCCCGCUGACGAAGACCUCAUGAUGGAAGAAGACGAAGGAGAAAUCGUGGCGGAAGCACCGGCUGUAGUUGUACCGGCGAUAGUCCCGAAAAGCGAGAGCAAUGAAACAAAAGCUACAUCAUCAGGGUUGAAUGGAAGGCAAGGGAGGAGAGGGCAAGGAGAAAGAGCGAGCGGUUACAGGUACCCCGCCCCCACCACAGCGGCCGGUACCAACCUAGACCGUCUGAUCAAGGAUGUCCUGAAGAGGCUACGGGACAGUCGUCCAUUCUGGUCGGCUCUGCCCUAUAUGAUCUGUGAUGAUACCAGUAUAGCAGAGGAAGUUACAUCGACAUCAGAGGAUAAUUGUUGGAAUGGAGAGAGAGUUGGAAGGUACGAGCAAGACAUCGUGGGCAGUGGUAUUGCCAACCAGAGGAAUAACCCGGAGGUGAUGGUAGCGUUAACCAAACCUGUAGCGUCCAUCAGGAUACAGAAAGAAAGAUUAGAGACGAUCAUUGAUAUAUUACAACUCGCUCAAAAUGGAGACGAUGUCCCAUUUGUUGAUCACCAGGGUUUAGAAGAUGGUAGCGGUUCAGGGAGCGGUAGCGGGUCAGGCGAUGGCUCUACGGGUCCUGACGACAAUCUCUUCCCAUUCAGUACAGAAUUUGAAGAUCCUAUUUACCGUCCUACAAGACUGCCCUCUGGGGGCGAACCAUCGGCCAUCCACAGAGUCACGUCGCUUUUCCUUUGUGUUGUCAUGGCAACGGUCGCGUCCCUCCUCAGAUGGUGAUAGUUCCAAACUUUAUUUUUUUACCAUCCUCUUCAUUUUGUAUGUUUUUAUUUGGACUCCUUACGAAAAGUCUCAACUUCCAAAAGCUGCAGGACCUCCCUUCCAUGACCUCACCCGGCAUCACAUGACUAUGAGGUCACGAGAGAGAGAACGCAAAAAAAGGAGAGUGAUUCCAACAAAACGGCAUCCCUAGACAAUCCAAGGAAAAUAGAACUGCAUUUUUUGUUGGCUGUAACUUUUCUUAAGGUGCCUGUUUUUAGUGUCUGUUCUCUUUUUUGGUGUACUGUUAUUUUAUCAUUGAGAAGCAGACAUUUUGAUUUUUUUUAUUAUAUAUAGACACAUGCAUAUCCUCUAACUUAAUUUGGACAGAUAUAUUGCAUAGAUUUUAAUUUGUUACAGAAAAUCAUGAAGACCAUGCCUAGAGGAAAAAAUUGAACUUUAAAUAAUAGUACUAACGAAAAGACUUCAUGAAAAUUGUGAUUUGUUGAGAAGAAAAAAAAUAUGAAAGCGGUAAAAUUCCUCUUGACAUGUUACAUUUGUUUAAACAUGACUUUUGCAUCUUUGAUGAAAAUAACCGGGAAAGAUGCUAAGAUGUGAUUGGAAUAAAUUUCAUGGGACGUAAAAUGAUUUGGUCUUCCAAAAUAACAUAAUAAUAGGACAAUCCGCUUCACAAUCAGAUAAAAAUUCAUCAAACAAUAUCUCUAAAGACUGCCUUUCAAAUGAUUAUUCUUUGUUUUGUAAUGAGGUCACAGUAUUGUUAUUAAAGUGUCAUAGUAUGCGGGGCUGAAAUUCCUAUUUGCGUCUGGGCCAAAUUUCACCCAACCUGUUUUCAAUUAGUGAAACAAUGCCCUGUUCUUCAUUAUUAAUAACCUUUUGUUAUUUUCUCCCCAUUAAACCCUAGUUUUGAGGUACAAACAGAUCAUGAUUUUGAUAUUAAUAUAAUAAUUGGUUUAAUACAGUACUGUAUAUUGGCUGCUGUUAGUGAUUAAUAAGGUGAAAGGUUGUAGUAACUAUGAAUGGAAGAAGACUCAUUUUUGCAAACGAUCAAGUCUAAGAUCGGACUUCAUGUAAACCAAAGAAACAUCUGUUUUUUAAUCAUCAUUAAUGAUUGGGCAGGAUCCAUAAUUCUUAACAUGAUGUCAUACCCCUCAACUAAUAUGGACCAAAAUAAUUGAAACCUUUCUACAUCAUGGUAUGUUUAUUUGGUGAACUUCACAGAUAAUGACCCUAGUCUUCAACUAAAUAUGUAUUGUCUACCCCUUAACACAUUGAUUUAUUACUUCUGAUACACGUAAACGAAUUCCAUCCUGGCUUUCUGAAUAAUAGGCCAUUCUUAGGCUAUUCACUAGGUAUAUAUGUCUCUUUCAUUUUGGUAUAGUAGGAUCUUUAUUCAAACAGAAAUAUUGGUAAUGUUGAUAAAUCAUUUUCAACCCAAAGAUCAGCAUUGUUCCACACAGCAUUGCUUAGUCAAAAGCUGAUAGUCAUUGAUAAGUAUCUUGUUAUUAUAUAAGUGAUUCAACAUUUUAUGCAGUAUUCUGUCCAUUCUAUAAUUUUUCAUUCUGUUUUAUAGGCGUUUCUCUAAUUUAAUCAUUGUCUGAUUUUAUUUCUAUUGAUCAGAAAUAUGUACAGAUUGUUAUAGAAAGCUUUGAUUCUAUGUACUAAAAAUAAUGUGAAAUUAGUCUUUUUACUAUGAUCUGGAUGUACAAAUUUGAUGUCUUGAAAAUUGAUUAAAUUUCUUGUAAUUGCCAAUUUUUCAAAGAGAAUGAAAUAAAAUAAUAAUAAUGAUACAAAGAUUGUUCCCACACAUUGCAGACAAUUGAUUCAGCUAUCAAUAUUCAAGAGUAGAUGGGCGGUGAUUCACAGUGAUACACUGAAUGUAUUGUUUACUACCUAUCUGCACACGAUACUUUUAGUGAUGCUGAAGUGCACAAAUUCACAAAGCCAUUGAUGAAUGUUCAUCAAUUUGAGCGUGAUCUAACCAAAUCAAACCCCCAAAAUAGAAAAUAGCCAGGGAUGUGUUUCACGAAGAUUUAAGUAUGACUUCAGAGUCAAACUUACAUGCCUAGUUGCUUGCGGUUUAAACGGCACGACCACAUUGGUAAGAUCAUGUCUGUACGCGUCGGCAUUUAAGUGCGACUCUAAGUCAUACUUAAAUCUUUGUGAAACGUCCCCAGGGGCCUGUUGCAGAAAGAGUUGCAUUUAAACGCAGGUCAAAAUAUCAAGCGCAAGUCCCGAAUGUGGGUGCUUCAUUGGCUGAAAAUCAAGUUAAACAAGAUUUUUUGAGUUGCACCCAGGUCUGGCAUCCUUGUUGGACACUGACUUUAUUUGCACUUCUAGUUCCACAUUGAAAUCAUAUAGGCAAGUGCGUUUUAUUUUACAUACAAGAGAACAAGCUUCAAAGUGUAUAGCAUGUGGACUAAUUGUCGAAACACCAGUUAUUUGUUGUCUGCAAUAUGUAUGAACCUUUAGGGCACUAAAUGUGAAAAAUACGAGAAAAAAAAGUUUUUAUAUGCAGGUAGUGAUUCUAUAGCAAAAGGUAAAACUAAACUAUGAUGCGGUGCCAAUUUUCUACAACUUUUCAGAUAUGUGUUAUAGUAUUUGCUGCAUUGUGACAGUGCUCUCUGAUGUGAUUAAAACCAUUGUUGAUUAUCUGAACCAUCUCCACCCAAAAAUCAGUGCUGAUAUUUUUAUGCAAACCUAUUUUAAGGACCAUUAGAAUGUUUGCAUCGAUGGUAUAUAUAUAUUUCUAAACAUAUUUAUCAAUGUACAAGCUUUGCCAUUCAAAUCUGUGGACUAAUCUUCAAGCACCUCUGUAUGAUAUGUUGUAAUAGAAAACAGUAAUCUUGGAUUUUCAAAAAGAAUGUAUGAUACCAUUUAGGCUACUCAUUUUUGUAAAGAAUGUAUGAUAAUUGUGAAUUAAUGAUUCAAACGGAUCUGUUCUGUGGGUAUGAGUAACCAUAGACCGUAAUAAGUGUGGUCAUUUUGUGAAUAUAUAAUUGCCAAAUUUUGGAAGCAUUAUUGAGUGAGAGUGAAGUAUGAUGAGGUAGGAUCUUAUUUAUUGAAUUUUUCAGAAACAUCACCUUCCCUCCAAUUUUUGUUAGAGCCGACAUACUAAAAUCACUUGGUUUUCUUAUGCUUCUAUUUAUUAAAAAAAAUAGGAAAUAUAAAAUUUAUCAAAAUAAUGACUUGUGUUGAGUUAAUCUUGAUAAAUUAAACAACCUAUUCUAUAAACUGUCAUAUUAAAGCUGAUAUAUAUAUAAAUACAUAAUUAUUAGCAAACUGUUUUUUUUUCUUCAGUAUGUGGGUUUUAUUUUUAAAGUGUAGAGUUUUCUUUUUUUUUCUUUUGGUGCUUCUGUUUUUAUGCAUUACUACUGAAAAAUUUUACUACAAACAAUAUGAUUCAAGAAUUUAACAACUGAGGAAAUAAAACAAGUCAAAGGAGAUUCUACUUAGAGAGCUCUGAACAGAUAUUACCUAAUCAUUUUAUUUAGAUUUGUUAUUUUUACACCACUACCUUUUUUUCAACACCUGAUGCAGUAUUGCAUUUGGUAUGUAAUCAAAUUGGAUUAAUAUUUUGAAAUCUCUCUGUGGUAACAUUAAUCUUGGUCACUAUUAUAGAUACAUGUAAACCAGGUUUGCUCAAUCUUUCUAUUUUUACGCCAUCAUUCACCUUUGUAUACAUUGGAUGAAAGUGUAUUUAUUUCAAGCAGUAACCGUAGUUUUACAAUUAGACAAAUUUUCACAAUCGGAAACGAUACAGCUUUAAAUGUAGACAAUUUCUGCUCAGAAAUAUGUAUGUAUGUAAUUAUGUAUGUAUAACAUAACACUGUAUGCUUUUAUUUUGAUAGGUGACCUUUCUCAGCACUUAUUUUGUACAUAAAACAUGAAAGCAUUGAUAAUGAGAAAGGGUUGGAGACUGGUGAGAAAGUAUGUACAAAGCUAAUCUGCUAUAUCGUGUAUGGUAAAUUGACAACGAACCGUCUGAAUGUAUAGCUCAUUUCACGUUGUCAUGGUGAUUGCUCCAAACAGAACAAGGCUGUAGAUUUCAAUUAAUGGAGAAAAAAUGAAAAUAAAAAUAAAAAAAACAAAACAUUGUGUGUUGGUGUUGAAGAAAAUGAAAAGAGGAAGGAUAGAAGCAUUUUAUCAUCUCAUAUAAAAGAACUCGGCGAGAAUUAAAUGACUAUCUGUACUAUCUUUGGGCAGUCACUUUAAUGCGUUUUUAACAUGUUCUUGUGUUCCUGUGAUUGUAUAUUUCUACUUUCCAACCUAUAAUCAUUUGCAUCUGGCAUUAUACUCCCUUUUUGUCAAACAUAUAGUCUUUAUAUUUUCCUACAAUAGGAGAAAGGAUUUUUUUCUUGUAGAAGCGAAGCUUAUUUAUGCAUGUUAUACCUCAUAGAAAUGAAUGGGAGUUCUCUGAUGUAACAACUUACCAGUAAUAUUUAUCAACUUUUCAGAUCUAUUUAAAAAGAAAUUAAUCAAAGCCCUCUCAAAAUAUUAUCACGACAUAUUAAACAAUUUCUCACAUACAAACCUAUUUGUGAGAACCUUCUAAAUCAUUGAUAGUAAUUUAUUUUUCAUAUUUCCAUUUUUUCAAAAUAAUUACUGAAUUAUUGGUUGACGUGAUUUUUUUUCCUGACACUUGAUAUUAUGUCAAGAAGUUUCAAGGUAGAGUUUGAGCAGUAUUGGUAGAGAAAAAUUCAGGAAAACACUAAACCUGUAGAAAGAAACACAGUAUUAUUUAUUUCAUUUUUAAAUGAGUAAUAUUAUUAGUAUCUCUUAAGACUUCUAUUACUUUGCUUUGAUGGUGUAUGUACUUGUCACCUCUAUUUGAAUUCCUUAUACUGGUACUAUAACUGUACAAAAGGCUGCUUUUAACUUUAUUCCUGUAUAUUCUUCAAUAACAGAGGGUAAUUCUGAUUUUUGCAUUAGCAAAAUCAUGAUUUUGUUCUUAAAGUACAUUUUUAAUUAAGUUAUGUUUGGUUUUUAAAUAGCUCCCUUUUUACUACAAAUACAAAUGAGUGUUGGCGUUUGACUGUACAAGCUGAUAUGCGUUGUUAACUGAUGUAUUAUAAUGAUUGAAGUUUACAUGAAAAUAAAGACUCUUUUAGGUGUACUUUUAAGAAUAUGUAAAUUUUCUAACUUUAUUGUGAAUAUACUUGUGAUAAAUAUAUAUUUGUAUGUAAUGUCUGUUUGCUUUACUAGCUGUUUGUUAUUGUAUGUCUCUGACUUCCUACUGACAAAACAAACUGAGAAGGUAUAAUUUUUCUGUCUUUAUUUUCUUGUGAUUUGCCCUCUUUUUUAAUCAUUAUUAUUGUUAUUGUUAUUAUCCCCUCUUGUAAGCCAAAUGCUCAGAAUUUUACAGAAUAAACCAAAUUAUGUCAACAUCA